AUGUGAGGGUGAUGAGGAGGGCGAGGAGAGAUGAGAGAUGACGAGGUUGCGAUCCCGAGUCAGCCUUUGUGGCCUGCAGAUGAUGCCCUGGGAGUUGUCUCACUAGACAGCACCAAUUGCCGAGUGAUGGGUGCACGUGGUGGAUCCGAAAACGCCACCUCCAACGGCACUGCACAACUGCGGCCGACAACCAUAAUCAUAGCCACAACUAUAGCCACAACCUCAAACGCACCCUUAGCUGAGGAACCUGAACCGUGAUCAACGAUAGUGACCACACCUGUUUUGGUGUCUCCGAUUCACAACGACACAACAAAAUCAAUCACACUGGUACAUAUAUUCUCCAACAGCCCGCCAAAACCACAAUCGACCACAUCUGCCCCUGUGUCUCAACGCAUUUCGCCGUAUCUCCCGCUGCCACCUUUCUCCUCCUGUGACUUUCAUAUCCCCUAACUUCUUCCGCCGUCCUGUGUCUUGUGCCUCCCUUCUUCUUCCUGUGCUUUCCUUCUUCCUGUAUCUCCUCGCACCUCUCUUAAUCCGUGUGCCCCACCAGUAUCCCAACCGUGCCGCCCCCGGCCCGAAUCUCCCUGGCCAUGUCUGAGGACCGUGACUGCGACUCCCCGUGCCCCCCGUAUCUCCCCACGGCAUCCCCGGGGAAUCAGUGUGGCUCAGAGCCAUGGGGCUGCGGGGCGGUGGUGCUGCCCUCCAUGCGGGGCGCCGGCGUUCUUGACUACUCGCUUGAAGGCCACGCCGUCGCCGCUUUCACCGUGCUCAACGAUCUGCGGCUGCGCAGGCAGCUGUGUGACGUGACGCUGCGCGUGCGGGCCGGUGGGGACGAAAAGGACGUGGAGGCGCACAAGGUGGUGCUGGCCUCCUGUAGCCCCGUGUUCCGAGCCAUGUUCACAGCUGGGCUGAAGGAGAGCGCCAUGGAGGUUGUCACCAUAGAGGGCGUCCACCCCAAGGUGAUGGAGCGGCUGGUGGAGUUUGCGUACACGGCACGCGUCUCCGUGGGCGAACGUUGUGUGCUGCACGUGAUGAGCGGCGCCGCCAUGUACCAAAUGGACGCCGUCGUCACCGCCUGCUGUGACUUCCUGCUCAAGCAGCUGGACCCGAGCAAUGCCAUCGGCAUCGCCAGCUUCGCCGAGCACAUCGGCUGCACGGAGCUGCAGAGGGGCGCGCGCGACUACAUCUACCGGCACUUCAGCGAGGUGUGCAAACAGGAGGAGUUCUACAACCUGUCCCACUGCCAGCUGCUGACUCUGAUCAGCCGCGACGAGCUGAACGUGCGCUGCGAGUCGGAGGUCUACAACGCGUGCCUCGAGUGGGUUCGCUACGACUGCGCCAACCGUCGGCCCUACAUACACGCCCUGAUCAACGCCGUGCGCUGCCACUCUCUCACACCCAGCUUCCUGCAGGCUCAGCUACAGAAGUGUGAGCUGCUGAGGUCAGACUCUGCUUGCAAGGAUUACCUGGCACGCGUCUUCCACGAGCUCACGCUGCACCAGCCCAGCGCCUGCGCAGCCAAGGGCCGCACCCCUGCCGUGCCCCAGCUCGUAUACACGGUGGGCGGGUACCUACGCCAGUCCCUGCCGAGCGUGGAGGCGUGGUGCCCCGGCCGCACGUCGUGGCUGCGCCUGUCCGACCUGCCGGUGCCGCGCUCGGGGCUGGCGAGCUGCGUGGUGCACGGCCUGCUCUACGCCGCUGGCGGCCGCAACAACUCCCCCGACGGCAACACCGACUCGUCAGCGCUCGACUGCUUCAACCCCAUGAGCAACCAGUGGACGCGCCGGCAGCCCAUGAGCGUGGCGCGCAACCGUGUCGGCCUCGGCGUCAUCGACGGGCUCAUCUACGCCGUGGGGGGCUCUCACGGGUGCAUGCACCACAGCAGCGUCGAGAGGUACGAUCCUGAGAGAGAUGAGUGGUCUCGGGUGGAGCCCAUGUCCACAGCCCGUAUCGGCGUCGGCGUGGCCGUUCUGAACAGGUUGCUGUACGCUGUAGGAGGGUUUGAUGGGGUGCACCGACUCUCCUCGGUUGAGUGCUAUCAUCCUGAAAACGAUGCGUGGCUUCCGGUCGCCUCCAUGGGAACUGUGCGCAGUGGAGCAGGAGUGGUUGCGCUGGACCGAUACAUCUACGCGCUGGGUGGCUACGACGGCGUGGAGCAGCUGGACAGCGUAGAGCGCUACGACCCGGAGACGGACAUAUGGACGCCCGUGUCUCACAUGAGACAUCGCAGAUCCGCGCUGGGCGUCACUGUCCUUGGGGGGAAGAUCUACGUGCUGGGCGGCUAUGACGGACAGGCGUUCCUUGCCAGUGUCGAGAGUUACAACGCCGAGUUGGACACCUGGACUGAGGAGACGCCCAUGGCAUCGGGGCGCAGCGGCGCCGGUGUCUCCGUCACCAUGGAGCCCUGUCUCGCCCGUCUCGAGUACUGAAAUGUGAAGACACAGGGACAUGGACCCAGAGGCACGGAGACACCGACACGGGGACACGAAGAUACAGAAACGACCAUGGUGUUUGAGCAGACCGGGGCCUGUCUUUCCAUGACCAUGGGAGCCCUGUUUCUCCUGUCUCGAGUACUGAGACUCGAGGACACUGGGACACGGAAGCACGAAGACACAGAAACACAAUGACACAAGGAUACAGGCACAACCACUGUGUUUAAGCAGACUGAGACUGGUGUCUCUUUUUCCAUGGAGCCCUGUGUCUUUCGUCUUGAGUCCUGAGACACGGAGACAUUAAGACACGGGGACAUGGGACAACAGGGACACAAGUUAACAGCGGCAAGGGGAUAUGGAGACAUGGGGAAAUGGAGACAUGAAGACGUGGAAACACAGAGGCACAAAAACAUGGAACACAUGGGGACAUGGGGACAUGGAGACACAUGCAUAUGAAAGAAUUAAGAUGUGGGUGUGGAAAAAUGAAAACAAUGAGACAGAGAGACAAGGAAAUAUGGACACGGAGCCAUGGAAACUUGGAGAUAUGAAAACGUGGAGAUGCAGAGACAAGGAGAUGGGGAAACAGAGAUACUGAGGGAGUGUUGAUGAGUGUGGUUGGUCACAAACACUUGUGACCCCUUCACCUUUAAACUGAUGUAGAUCCAGUGGGUGGUAAUAACACCCCCCUUACACUUUCUUGGCUCAGUGACCAUUUAACCAAUCAUGACUUAGUGACCAGUCACAACCACAGAGCCAUCACGCCACCGGGACUGAUGAUGAACACAAUGACUGAUGAUGAACACAAUGACUGAUGAUGAUCCUGAACUGAAUGUGACCCUCUUGGGAGAUAGUGACCCAAUGACCGGUCACGACCUCUGGACGCUGGCGAGGAAUAAUGGUUGCCAUUUUGAAUUCCCCUUCUGAGAUGGAGUCACGACGAUGAUGUCGGUGAUGAUGUCACAUCUGUUAAUUGUAAUGAUAAUGUUGAUAUUGAUGGUGAUGAUGGUCACAUUUAUAAUUGUGAUGUCGAUGUUAAUAUGUUGAUGAUAGUUAUGUUUGUGAUGUUGAUGAUGUGUGAAUGACGGUGAUGAUGUUCAUGAUGAUGAAAUAAUUUGCUGCUUUAAAUAAAGAAGUCGGACGUGAAUCUAA